AUGUCCUCCCAUCCUCAGACUUACAAGGCCGCGCAGAUCAAGGAGAAGGAGGGCCCCUUCGAGCUCGUCGAUGUCCAGUGGAAGGAUCCCAAGGAUGGCGAGAUCGUCGUCAAGGUCCUCGCUUGCGGGGUCUGCCACAGCGACGGCAUAGUCAAGCACCAGAUCUACCCUACCGGCUUCCCGCGCAUCCCAGGACAUGAGAUUGUGGGCGACGUUGUCGCAGUGCCUCCCACCGAAAAGCUCUGGAAGGUAGGCGACCGCGUGGGCGGUGGCUGGCACGGUGGUCAUUGCAGCAUCUGCAAACGCUGUCGUGCUGGAGACUACGUGACUUGCGAGAACGAGGCCAUCAACGGCAUUUUCUCUGAUGGCGGCUACGCUGAGUAUGUCACUCUCCGCACCGAGGCUGUCGCUUCCAUUCCAAGGGAGUUGGACCCUGCAGAAGCAGCGCCGCUCAUGUGCGCCGGAAUCACGACCUUCAACUCUAUCAGGAACAUGGGCGCGAAGCCCGGCGACGUCGUCGCCGUCCAAGGCAUCGGCGGACUGGGACAUCUUGCGCUCCAGUAUUGUCGCGCCAUGGGAUUUUACACGGUUGCGUUAUCAUCCUCGGAAUCCAAGAAGCAACUUGCACAAUCCCUGGGAGCUCACGAAUAUGUCUUCGGCGAGAACCAGGUCGAGGCAUUGCAGAAGCUUGGGGGUGCAAAGGUCAUAGUGUGUACUGCUCCCAACUCGAAGGUCAUCCAGACGCUGGUCAACAGCCUCUCGGUUGACGGCGAAUUACUCAUCCUCGCGCUGGCGGAUGAGCUCAGCAUUCCCGUUGGGCCCCUCAUCUCCAAGCGACUCUCCUUGAAAGGCUGGCCCUCGGGCACAGCUAAGGACUCUGAAGAAGCGGUCGCCUUUGCGAAAGCAGCCGGCGUCAGAUGUCAUGUCGAAAGGUUCCCGCUCGACAAGGUCAACGAGGCAUACGAAAGCAUGGCCUCAGGCAAGGCCCGAUUCCGCGCCGUGUUGGUGCCAGCAUAA